UAGGAAGGAAAUACUAAUAUUGAGAAUCGUUGUGUCUUCGUUCAAGUACGUAACUUGUGUACCUUAACGUGGAGUAUGGAUGUUUAAACUGAGGUGAAGAAAACGAACAGCUAAGAUUUUUUUACGCACCCUGACUUGGGUUCGAUUAAUAACGGCUUUCUAGUACACGUUUUCAUUUUUAGCUCCGCGCUGAAUGAGUUGUGUCGUCGGUUAGCUGCGUAGCCUUUAAAGCUAGUUAGCGAAGGAAAGCUAACUACAUUUUCUCUCAAUCUGUCUAAUCAAAGAGAGACUGUCUACUCAGGUAUAUUUUGAGUUGGUAUUACUGUAACCAGCCGAAGAGAAAAUGGGGUCGUCAAAGAAACACAAGGAAAAGAGCCGCGACAAGGACACAGAAGAGCGCCGUCGUGAACACAAGAAACAUCGCCACAAGGACCGAGACAAUUCAGAUCGUGAUGGGACUCGGGAUAAAGAGAAACGAAAACGCUCCAGGUCCAGGGAUAGAAGCGGACGGGAGAGCCGCAGCAAAGGUGAAAAGAGCAGCGGUGAGCCACGAGUGAAAAAGGAGAAAGUUGAUCUUGGCUAUGAGGAGGGCAAUACAGAAGUGGAGCCCCAGUCUGCUAGCGGAGAUGCAUCUCUCAGCAUUGAAGAAACAAACAAACUCAGGGCAAAGCUGGGUCUGAAGCCUCUGGAGUUAAAUGAGAACAAGAAGGAACUCGGGACCAAAGAGGAGCCAUUGGUGGCUGCAACCAUCAACCCUGUUCUUAUCCACCAGCAGAAGGAGAUGAGAGAGAAGCUUGCUGCAAUGAAAGAAAAGCGCAUCCAGAAUCAAAAGUUGGGAAAAGUAAAGACCCUAGCUGAGGAUGACUGGCUAGAUGACACAGCUGCUUGGGUUGAGAGAAGCAGAAAGUUGGCUAAAGAAAAGGAAAUGGCAGAGAAAAGAGCCAAACUUCUGGAGGAGAUGGAUGAGGAGUUUGGUGUGAGCAGUCUUGUAGAGGAAGAGUUUGCUCAAAGCAAAAAUGAGGCCUACACAUCUCAAGAUCUAAAGGGACUCAAAGUGCAGCACAAGGUUGAAUCCUUCACCGAGGGUCAAACUGUCAUCCUGACCCUACAGGACAAAGGUGUACUUGAGGAGGAAGAAGAUGUGCUUGUUAAUGUGGGGCUGGUGGAUAAAGAGAAGGCAGAAAAGAAUGUGGAGCUGAAAAAGAAAAAGCCUGAUUACAAGCCCUAUGAAGAGGAGGAGAGUGUGGAUGACAUGGUUACGUUUAAGUCCCACUCCGUACUUUCAAAGUAUGAUGAAGAAAUCGAGGGCGAAAAGAAAAAGAGUUUCCGGUUGAGUACUGGGGGCUUUGCUGACGGGGAGCGAGAGCGGGAGCUCCAGGCCAUGAGAGAGGCUCUACGAAAUCAGGCCCAGUCCUUGGAAAUGCCUGCUCUCACUAUUGCCUCAGAGUAUUACACACCUCAGGAAAUGGUGGGCUUUAAAAAGACAAAACGCCGUGUGAAGAAGAUCAGGAAGAAGGAGAAGCAGACGGUUGCAGAUGAAUCUCUCCUCGAUGACACUCGCAGCUCUGAUUUUGGCUCGCGGACACGCGGUCGGGGCCGCAGACAGAUGGAUGAGGACGGUGAGGAAGUGAAAAAGGAGGAGAGCAGGCUGCCAGACAAUAUCCCCCAGAUGUCUGAUGAUAUCAGGAUGGCAGAAAUGGACAUUAGUGAUGAGGAAGACUUCACCCUUCCUGAGCCAGCUGUCAUUGAAGAAGACGAGGCAGAGCAGGAGCUGCAGAAACAGCUGGAGAAGCAGAGAAAGCUGAAACAAAAACAGCUUCUUAAAGACUCUGGGGAGAAAGUGGCAGAGAAGAUUAAAGUGCUUGAUAAGGGUGAGAAUGACAAUGACCCAGAAAAGAGGAACAACAUUGUUUUCAACGCCACCUCAGAGUUUUGCAGAACUCUGGGAGAUAUUCCAACUUAUGGACUGUCAGGUAACAGAGAGGACCAAGAAGACAUAAUGGACUUUGAACAGGAGGAGGAGAAAGAUGAUGCUGGAGAUUCUGACUCAGAAAUGGAUGAGAACGUUGGAUGGAGCACAGUGAACUUGGAUGAAGAGCAAAAACAACCUGACUUCUCCACAGCUUCAGCUACCAUUUUGGAUGAAGAGCCCAUCGUCAACUCUGGCCUUGCUGCUGCCUUGCUGUUGUGCAAAAACAAAGGUCUAUUGGACACUCAGAUGCAGAAGGUAGCCCGUGUUAAAGCACCAAAGGGCGCCCUGCCCAAUGACAACUACUGCAUUGAGGACAAGAUGGGCUUUGAUGACAAGUACAGUCGCAGAGAAGAAUACAGAGGCUUCACACAAGAUUUCAAGGAGAAGGAUGGGUACAAGCCUGACGUCAAGAUUGAGUAUGUGGAUGAGUCUGGGCGGAAACUCACUCCAAAAGAAGCUUUCAGGCAGCUCUCACACAGAUUCCAUGGGAAAGGGUCUGGAAAGAUGAAGACCGAGAGGAGGAUGAAAAAGCUGGAGGAAGAAGCACUGCUGAAGAAGAUGAGCAGUAGUGAUACUCCUCUGGGGACUGUGGCUUUGCUUCAAGAGAAGCAGAAAUCUCAGAAAACACCAUAUAUUGUGCUUAGUGGGAGUGGGAAAAGUAUGAAUGCAAACACCAUCACUAAAUAAGUGAAGGGGAAGAGUGAAUUAUCUUUGAUAUAAACAUGCAUACACAUUUACACGCAGGAUGUUUUAAGUAAACUGCUACAAUUUCAUGCUAUAGUUCGUAUAAGCAUCAUUGUUGUAGUAAAGAUUUGUUGAAUAAAAGGAAUACACAUGAGAUAAAUGUUUUUUUUUCUUUUCUUUUCUGUUUUAACUUUUCAAGAUGAAGAGUAAUUCAGAAGGUAACUAUCAUCAUGAUGAGGAUACUGUUUUAAUGAGAACCCUGAUUUGUCAAUUUUAAUGCCUCUGUUUAGCUUCAUAACAGCUGUUGUGGCUCACAGCUAGAAACAGUUGAAAUGUUAAUGAACGGGGGACUUACAUGCUUGAGUUGCUAUGCUAUGUUGCAAAAGUGGAUUUAAAAAAAUGCAUUCAGCUUUGUUCAUUUUUUGUGGUUUACAACAUAACUAAAAUGACAGUAAGUAAUGCAAAAAUAAAAACACUGAAAAUGCUUUGUAAAACUGCA